UUCUUGCUAAAGCAUAUACUUCACUCAUCAGUGAUCAGCUAAAUCAUCUUGAUGAUCUUGAAGCACCGACGCAAAUGUUUUAUGUUUAAUGUACUUCUAAUGAGAAGAUUUUUGAACUUUCUUUUUUGCAAAUAUUUUCUUUUGAGUUUACCCAGCAAUUCCUAGAGGAAAAUGGGAAUCAUCUUAAUUUUCUAUAAGAUUUUAUAUUAUUUGUUUCAAGAUUUUCUUCGCUAUGUUUAAGUGACGUAAAAAGAGCCUCAGAAUGAAUACACUCCUUAAUCCAUUCAAUAAAAUGUUCUUUCUUUAUAUUUUCUUUUUUUUUUUGGAAAAUAUUUCCAUAAAUAAAUCAUUGAAAAGUUGCAUUUAAUGGAUCUUACAUAUAUGGGAAUUUGCUGGGAAUUUCCCUUGUGAUUUAAUAUAUUAUAAUUUAUUCUCCCAAAUGGUGGUACUCGAGUCAGAGAUAUGUAAUGUAUAUGAUGUUUGCAUUGAAAUAACAAUUGAAGUGUGAAUUGAAUAUUGCUAAAUGUAACAUGUGUCGAAAUUGAAAAUAUAGUUUAAAAGCGUCAAAAUGUUAUCUGAAGAAUGUGCCUUUUUAUAGAUCACAAAGCCUGUCACAGCAGAGAGUCGUAUAUUGACGAGAUGUUAGAAAUACACUUUACGUAUGCAAGUUGUACACACUGAAAGGCCAUUCCGUUGUCCAGUUUCAUUGAAAAUUUAUUCAUUGUAAUAUAAUUUUUAAUGCUUGCUGGAAAGAAAGGGAGUGAGAAGAAAUCUCUGUUGAAAAAGAAAGCUGCCCUUAUGAUUCCCUGUGUGAGUCUAACGGAAACCAGCGUUCUUGGCAACAUGAAGGAACGCGUGAAGGAGAUGCGAGUUUUUGGAUGUCGCCUCAACUUUUGGCAAAGCAUGGCGCCAAGUUUAACAAAUAAAGGCACCGGAAAUUCUCCCGCCCAAAAUUCCACACGGAGCUCAAGUCCAAACUCCACGUCCAACGGGCAAUUUAUUCCUCAGCAGCAAACAGUAAACGGAUCGGGGAGUUUGGGUAGUUUAACGCCCACUUCAUCGUCUCAGCAACAGCAAUCAUCCGUGUCGACAUUCAAGAGCGGAGGAGCUACCUCUACGAACGGGACACCAUCACUGGGCGGAGUGGUGCCUGGUGCAGUGAUUGGAGCCAGUAGUGUUGUGAUUGAGUCCACAAUGCCAGGCGGAACUGCCACUCCAGGGACGCCAAAUUCAAAGGCGAAGGAUACAUCGUCGAGAGUUAAAAUUGUUGUGGCACUUUAUCCAUUUAAGGCAAUCGAAGGAGGAGAUUUAUCACUUGAAAAGAAUGCCGAAUACGAAGUCAUUGAUGAUUCCCAGGAGCAUUGGUGGAAAGUGAAGAAUCAACAUGGACAGAUCGGAUACAUACCCAGUAAUUAUGUUAAAGCAAAGGAAUUGCUUGGCCUGGAGAAAUAUGAUUGGUAUGUGGGUGAUAUGUCGCGACAGAGGGCAGAGUCAUUGUUAAAACAAGGAGACAAAGAAGGUUGCUUCGUGGUGAGAAAGUCUUCCACAAAAGGCCUGUAUACUCUAUCUCUUCAUACCAAAGUACCACAAUCCCAUGUGAAACAUUACCAUAUAAAGCAAAAUGCACGAAUGGAGUAUUAUUUGUCGGAGAAGCAUUGCUGUGAAUCAAUUCCUGAUCUAAUCAACUACCAUCGUCACAAUUCCGGUGGAUUGGCGUGUCGCCUGAAAUGUUCACCAUGUGACCGACCUAUUCCCACCACGGCGGGCCUCUCGCACGACAAAUGGGAGAUUCAUCCGUCGGAAUUGAUGCUACUUGAGGAGCUGGGUUCUGGGCAAUUUGGUGUCGUGCGCCGCGGUAAAUGGCGUGGAUCAAUUGACACGGCCGUGAAAAUGAUGAAAGUGGGAACAAUGUCCGAGGAUGAUUUCAUUGAGGAAGCUAAAGUGAUGACGAAACUACAAAAUCAAAAUCUCGUGCAAUUGUAUGGUGUCUGCUCAAAGCAUCGUCCCAUUUACAUUGUGACUGAAUACAUGAAGCAUGGAUCGCUGCUAAACUACCUGAGGCGACACGAGCAAUCGCUGAUUGGGAACAUGGGACUUUUGCUGGACAUGUGUAUCCAGGUGUGCAAAGGAAUGGCGUAUUUGGAGCGACACAACUAUAUCCAUCGUGAUUUAGCGGCGCGCAAUUGUCUGGUUGGGAGUGAAAAUGUGGUCAAAGUGGCAGACUUUGGCCUGGCACGAUACGUUCUCGAUGAUCAGUACACGAGUUCCGGGGGCACAAAGUUUCCCAUCAAAUGGGCACCACCUGAAGUCCUCAACUACACGCGUUUCUCAUCAAAAAGCGAUGUUUGGGCUUAUGGGGUUCUCAUGUGGGAAGUGUUCACCUGUGGCAAAAUGCCGUAUGGCCGUCUCAAAAAUACCGAAGUUGUCGAACGUGUACAACGUGGCAUAAUCCUUGAGCGACCAAAAGCAUGUGCAAAGGAAAUUUAUGAUAUAAUGAAGAAAUGCUGGGCACAUAGUCCGGAAGAUAGGCCAUCAUUUAGAGUGCUAAAGGAACAACUAGUACUUGUAGCACAAGGACUCACAGACUAAAUAAUUUAUGCGAUAUUCCUCUACCUUCCACACUAUAUAUGCGUUACAUAACAUAAGGAAGGGGGAGGAACACAAUUUAAUAAAUAAAAAAAAACUUGAUAUAAAACUCUAAUCGACUCUAUUGCAUUUUAAUAAAAAUUAUAUUAAAAUACGAUUUAUUAAAUAGGACGCUGAGAAUGUCUUAAGUGAAAGAAAAUGACACAUUACUGAUCUCCAUUAUAAAUUAGAGAAAAAAUGAGAAGGAAAAUUAAUGUUACGAAGACAUUUUUGGGAACUUUUAGAAUGAUUGAGAAAAUUGCCAGAAGGAUAUUAGCGCUGAAAAUUGAUUCCUGGCAUUAUUCGCUUAUUGGAUCCUUUUAGCUGUGAUUCUUUCGAUUUAACUUUUAAUUAUCUUUAACAAGCCGGUUUUUUUUUAAAUAGUUUUCUUUAUCUUCUCAAUUAUUUCUAAAAUUCAAGGAUAGGGCUUAAAAGUUUAAGCAAUGAGUACAAAUUGUAAGCUAUUCAGCAACAAAACUUAUUCUGUCAGCAAAUAAUUUCUUUUCAAUGCAACGAUUAUUUUAUUCUGUCAUAUCAAGCAUUAAGUUUUGUCAGCAAAAUACUCUAUUUGGUUUUUAAAAAAACUUAUUCUGUUUGUAAACAUUUAUAUUCUGUCAGCACGAUCUUAUAUUCUAUCAGCAAAUAAUUCUUGUUUGUCUAUUACAGGAAAUUAUUCUAUUCUGUCAGAAACUAGCUCCAUUUUGUAUUAAAAAAAUAUUCUGCCACUAAAUCUUAUUAUGUUAGCAAAAAACUUUAUUCUGUCAGCACAAUCUUUUAUUCUGUAAGCAAAUAAUUUUAAAAUUCUCCUUCAGGUAGUCAGAAAAUAAUUCUAUUUCGUCAGUAAAUAAGUCUAUAAAUAAGUGCUAUAGUCAGCACUUAUUUCGCUGAUAAAAUUAUUUUAAGGCAAAAAAAUUGCUGACAAACUGAAAUUAUAGAAAAAAGGAUCCAAAAAAUUAAAUAAAAGUUUCCAAAAUGUUAAUUAUAAUAUUAUCGACGAUAAAAAAAAUUAAAAGAAAAAAACAUUGUAAUCUAUAAUGUUCGAUAUCUUUGAGGUAUAAAAAUAAAAGAACUAAAUUGUUUAAAAUGCUAAAAAUUAAUGAAAAUGAAAGACAAAUUAUACCGCGAAUGUAUUCGAAAAGCGAGAAACUAAUCAAAAUAUUAUAAAUGCCAUUAUUUUGGAGAAUGAAAAAAAAUCUUUAAGGAUAAAAUUUAAUUACGAAUGUGUAUUGAAAAAACGAUUUUUUUGGAGGAAUUCAACACAAAAUGUUGCCUCCACGACUAUGCAAAUAACAUAGUAGGAUAUUAUAGGACAUCUUAUAAUUUUUUAUUUACUAUUUUACAUUGAAACAUUGUGUUGCAUUCUUUUGUGCAUUGUAAAGCCGAAUUGUAGGGAAUAUAAAUUUAAUUUGCAAAUGAGACAAAUUUUAAAUGUAAUAGUUGCAUCUUUGUCCUGAAUUUCUUAUAGAUGAAAUGAUUAUAUUUUUUAUUUAGCUAGGCGAAAACCCAAAAAGCAUGUUAGAAAGCUCUUAAAAAUAAAGUGAAAUAAAAUGAAAAAAAUAUGCACAAUAAUACGAAGGAUCUUAUAAUGCUGAAAGUAUGAUAAACUUAUCUAUUUAGAAGGCAGGAAAAAAAACAUAAUAUUCUUAUUCUCGCAAUUUUCCAAUGGCUGCAAAGCAAUGACCAUUUUUUAAAUUAAAAAAAGUAAAAGAAAAUGUUUCUAAAAAGACGAUGUGGAGGGAAAAUAAUGACAUGAAUUGCAUAGACUUAUAUUAAAGAAAAAUGAAAAUAAAUAAUAAAUAAAUGAAGCAGGAAUUCUUUAAAAAAAAAAACAUAAUUUAACAGACUUUUCAUGAGAUAUUGUGAAGGAAUAAAAACUUUUGAAGAAAAUGACAAACGGGCGAGAAAAUGUAAAAUGAAACCAUCAAAUAUGUGUGAUUUUCGAAAUAUUUUAUCAAUAGGCAAUUCUACUUAUAAACAUAGUCAUUUAUACAUUUUACACACUAAGCGAUAUAUUUGAAAUAUCCAUUUUAUUUGACAAGAAUAUUGAUGUGCUAAAAAAAAUUUAUAUACAAAUUCCCCGUAAAUUCCAUAUCAAAGUAAUAUUUAAUAAAAAAAAAAGAAUGAAAAAAAAACGUUAAAAAAGACAAGAAGCGUAACUCGAACCGUCUUGCAUUAUUUACAAAGGAAAAUACCAUAAUUUAAUGCAUUAAAAAAUACAAUUUUAAUGGCAAAAGACAUUUUUAAUAUUUAUGAUAGAAAACAAAAUUAUUCGUUCCAAAAAAAAACAUUCUUCCAUUCAAAAUAGAAAGAAAAAACUUCCACAGAAGAAAAAGACAUUUUACUUCCAAUAAAAAAAAAACAUUUCCAAUCUCUAUUGAACCGCUAUUAAUUAAUAAAAAUCAGAAAUUUGUGAAGCAGGAAUUAAGAAAAUAAAAUAUUCACAAUAUAAUGAGCGAAGCACAAAAAUUUUUGAUACAAAACAGUGUUUUUUCGUAAAAUAGCGCGAGAGUUUUUCAAAUAAAAAAAGAUGAAAAAAGAACGAAAGAAGUAAAAUUUAUAAGCAUUUUCUACGCAAGAACGAUGAUGUAACAAUUUAACUACUCUUAUACUUAAAUGUAUUAGGUAUAUUAUACAUAACAGAAGGAAUAUCAUCAUUAAAAGUAAAUGUAAAAGAAA